UCGUGUGUCACAACGACAAUAGAUCGCGAAUCAUGUCAGCGGCUAAGUUAGCCUUGUGUUUUUGUCUCGUAGCGUUGAGCUCGGUCAGAGCCGACGAGGAGUUCGAGGUCACGACUCCGCAGGGCAAGCUCAAGGGCCUGAAGACGAUGACGAUUAACGAGGGCAAACCCAUGUACAGUUUCAAGGGAAUACCGUACGCGAAGCCCAACGUUGGACCUGACAAAUUUAGGGAUCCCAUCAAGGCCGAUGCUUGGGACGGCGUUCUUGACGCGACGCAGCAUCGACCGACGUGUGUUUUCUACUGCAUGGUCCGAAACGACAUUUUCGGUGAAGAGGAUUGUCUCUUCAUCAACGUUUACACACCGGAAGUCAACCCUGACGCUGGACGCGCCGUCAUGGUAUGGUUCCAUCCUGGCGAUUACAACGCCGGGGCUGGCGACGACGAUCUUUUUUCACCCGAUUUCCUCAUCGAGAAAGACGUCGUCGUGGUCACCUUCAAUUCGCGAGUUGGUGCAAUCGGUUACUUGAAUACCGGCGACGCAAACGCCCCAGGAAAUGUUGGUCUAAAGGACCAAGUGAUGGCUCUCAAGUGGAUUCAAGAUAAUAUUCAGAGCUUCGGCGGCUGUUACAACAGGGUGACCCUGUUCGGAGAGGACUCGGGCGGUGCAACUGUUCAAUAUCACAUGCUCUCUCCGAUGUCUCAGGGCCUGUUCAAGAACGCCAUUUCGCAAAGUGGCGCAGUUCUCUCAACGUGGGCUUACUCAUAUACGCCCAAGGAAAACGCGUUCGCCCUUGGAGAAAUAUUGGGCAUCAAAACUUCCGACACCGCUGAACUUGUCGACAAACUCAGGCAAUUCACCGCCCUAGAACUGGUCGAUGCUAGCACGGAAUUGUCUAAGAGAGGGAAUUAUAUGAACGGCUUCAUGAACGCUUUUUUGCCAGCUUCCGAGGCCAACGCAGGCCAAGAAGUGUUCUUACCGGCUGAUCCAUGGGAGCUGAUAAAAGCUGGUAAAAUUGCUGACGUUCCUUACAUGGCUGGAGUAGUCGCUGACGAAGGCGGUCUUUUCGCGCCAGGAAUUAUAAUGCAAGAUCCGAAAAUGGUCGACGAGAAUUUCGACAAAUUCGUUCCGGACGAUUUGAACAUUACCGACCCCGCACAGCGCAACGAGAUCGGUGAAUCCUUCAGAAAAUUCUACCUCGACGGAAAACCUAUCGAUUCGGAUCCCCAACAAGCUAUGAACCUUCUCGGCGACGUCUUCUUCACAUACGGAUUUUCUCUGUCCACGGAAAUAAUCAAUGAACGUAAUUCCGCUCCGGUUUAUCAAUACGUAUUUUCACACCACGAUCCUUGGGGUUUCAUGAAACAUAUAUUCGGCCUGGAAGACGGUGUCCUCCACGGAGAUGAUUUGGGUUACUUGUGGUACUCGACCGGUUUCAAAAAUAAGCCAAUGCCAGGAUCGGACAUGGAAAAAAUGAUGCACAUUUUGACGGAGCUGUGGACGAACUUCGCCAAAGAAUCAAAUCCAACUCCCAAUAUGGACGGUAUGGUGAAGGUCACGUGGGAGCCAAAAGGCAAAGACGACAAUUAUUUGGACAUUAACCUCGAGCCCAAAUUGAAGAGUGGUUUGAUGACGGACCGAAAGAACUUCUGGGCAGACAUUUACAAAAAUGUCCUCGGCGAUUACUCCAAAUUGUUCGCUUGAGUGGUAUCUUCGGCUGUUGCGAUCGCUUCGUCCAUCCGUCAAGUUUGUUGCGAGUUAUUAAAUAAGUUUGCGCAGCGUUUGGAAUGAGUGUUUAUUUCUCUUUCGUUUUGAUUAAUGUCAUCGACAAUAGCGAUUUGUUUCGGUUGAUUUGUUUCAGCCUAAAAGUGUAUUCAAUGCCUCAAUAAAUUUUACAACUCCGAAA